ACCCACACCCAGUUCUCCCCCUCCGCCAACACAGACGAGAGAGAGAAGAGAGGUGGCAGCGAGAGGAGGGACAAAACACUCGCCGCCAUUCGCCGCCAUCCUCGCGCCGCCGGCGAUCCACCCCGCCGGGAUCGGCUCCGAGGCUGUUCUACACCGACCCUUCCUCCCCGCCCCAGCGGAGUUCCGGACCGCUGGAGCCGCCUCCGGUCUAGGGUUGGGGUCCCGCUGCUCCACCCCCGCUUCCGGUCCAGGGUUUUGGAGCCGCCGGGUCUCGAAUCGCCGAGGCUUGACACUUGACUGGGCAGAGCAUAGCAGCAAUGGGUUUUGAUAAUGAAUGUAUCUCGAGUAUUCAAUCCCUUCCUGGUGAAUAUUUCUGCCCUGUUUGUCGGACACUGAUAUAUCCCAAUGAGGCUCUACAAACCCAGUGCACACAUCUCUAUUGCAAACCCUGCUUGGCAUAUGUAGUGGCAACCACCAAAGCCUGCCCUUAUGAUGGCUACUUGGUCACAGAAGCUGAUUCCAAGCCGCUGAUGGAAUCAAAUAAAACCCUUGCUGAGACAAUUGGCAAAGUCACAGUCCAUUGCCUGUAUCAUAAGAGUGGCUGCCAAUGGCAUGGAACGCUAUCUGCCUGUAUCACGCAUGGUACUACUUGUGCAUAUGGAAACUCCCCUGUUAUUUGUAAUCGCUGUGGGACACAAAUUGUGCAUCGUCAAGUGCAAGAACAUGCUCAACUCUGCAAUGGUGUACAAUCUCAAACUCAACAAACUGAUGGUACUCAGGUGCAGCCAGCGGUGGCAACUCAGGCAGUCACCCAAGAUCCAUCACUUGCCUCAGCAGGAUCUGCUGCAGGUACAGCCACAACCCUGCCAUCAACUACAGCCACAGUUGUAGCAGAUUCUGCAUCAGCAACAGGAGGGGGAGCAGCUGGUGCAACCACAGCAAGCACAACAUUGCCGCCUUCCUUUUCAGCUACAUCUGGUUCUGGUUCACAAACUCCAACAGCUGAGCAAUGUUACCAGCAACAGCAGCUCCAAUACUCACAGUACUACCACCAGCAGCACCCUGGAUGCAACCCUUACGUGCAGCAAUACCAACAAUAUGGCCAGUACCAGCAUGUGUAUCAGCAAUACCCGCAACCUCCAUUGCAAGUACCAUCCCAAAACAUGAUGCAAGGAUCUGCACAACCUGCUACAUAUGUCCAGCCUCAAGUGCAGUCCUCCCAGCCACAGUACAUGAUGCAAUCCCAACCCCAAAGCCAGCCCCAUCUUCCCCAUUUUCAAUUACCUGCAGGUCAGUCACAGCCUCAUCAAUCAAUUCAGCCAGCCCCUCAAGUUCCACAGCUGCAACCACAAAGUCAAGUACCUCUCCAACUGUCUGGUCCCCAAGUGCAACCUGCAGCACAUACACCAGCUCCUACUCCAGUUGGUAAUCAGCAAUUUGCUAUUACCUCUACUCAGGCAAUGACUCCUCAAGUGCAGCCACAUGUACAAGCCCAACCUCCACAACAGCAACAUGCAAAUCUGCAAGCUUUACCUCCACAGCAAAAUCUUCAACCUCAGAUGCAGCUAAACACUCAAACCCAGCCUGAAAUUCCACAAGCGCAGCAGCAAUCUUACCCGCAACCUCAGGCCUAUGCUCAGCAAACACAUCAUAUGCAUCCACAGAAUGCUUCAUAUCCACAGCAGCAGAUACCACAUGGAGCUCUAUUGCAACAACCUGUACACACAUCUCGCCAAGAAGCACCUGUUUCGCAGCAUCCUGCACCGAUGCGUCCUCCAGUGCCAGGCCAACAGCCAGCUAUGCUGCCUCCUCAGGGAAUUCAGCAGACAACACAAAAUCAACAACAUAUUGGGUACCAUGCUCAGUGGCCACCAAUGCAACCCAACAUCGCUUUCCAGGCGCCACAGCAAGGAUUGCCUCCGCAAUCAUCUGUCUCCUCACAAUCAGUUCAACCAUACCAGCAAGGAACACCCUUACCACAACAACUGGUGCUUUCCCAACCUGGUCAGCCUUAUACACAACAGCAUAUUCCUGGUAAUACUGGACAUGUUCAAACUUCAUCUGUCGGACCUGCGAGUCACCUUGCACCGCCUCAGCAAUUUCAACAUCAACAGCCAACAAUGCUUAGAACUCAGUCACCUGCUGUUGGUCAACCUUUUGGGCAGGGUUCUUUAGAUCUGGAAACACGUGGUUCAAAAUCAGGGAAGUCAGAAAAUACAAGCAGUGCUGCUGAUAAUACUGCUGUUAGUGAAAAUAAAAAUAAUGGUGCUGUAUCAACUGCCAUGAGACCUACGACGUUGCAGUCAUUGGGUGAUGAAAACAUGAACAGCAAACAGAAUGGUUUUGGUGGUGUUAGAAAAGAUGCAGUGCAAACUGGUUUUGCAUCACACGGUGUAGAUGGUUCAAUUGGGAGGGGUGGAAUUGCUGACCGGGUAGGCAAUUCGCAUGGUCCAGUUAUACAGGGAGGCAAAGACCAUAAGGCUUCAGAUGCAUCUACUAAUCAUGAGAAAGGAAGACCAUUUCGGCAGAUAUCACAGCAAAAUGCAGGACAGGGCUCCUAUGUGCCCCCAGGCAUGGGACCACAACAUCCAACUGGACCGGAUAGAUUGCUUCCUCAGCAUAUGAUGCAUCCUGGUCAUAAGCAUGGUUUCUCUGAAAAUAACCGGCCUCCGUUGCAGCAACCAUAUGGUUUGUUUCAUUCUGGAAUGACACCAAGGCCAUUUGGAGAGAACCAGAUUCAGAUGCCAACGUCACAGCCUGGGAGUGUUGGUAUGAUUCGGCCAGAGCCACACAUGGUUGGUCCAUUACCUGGUCAUCAUGAUGCAAUGUUGCCUCCUUUUGUCGAACAUUUGGGCCAUCCACCUGUAAGUGGAAGGGCUUUCCAUGAAGAGGGGUUCAACAGCUCAGGAGAACAUCUCAGGUCACAUGCAGCAUAUCCUGGUAGACAUGAUAAUGUGAAAGACAGACUGAAGCAAUUUCCAGGGCCAGCGCAUCUGGAUGGUCAGGGCAUCCCAAGUGGUCCUAGACCUUUUGAGAGCGCUUUAGGUAGACCUGAUGGUUUCCUUGAUUCAAUACCAGGAAGGCCUCCAUUUCCAAACCAGAGAAGUCCGUUUCCUGUAGGCUUGCAUGAUGAUUUUUCAAGGAAGCCAAAUGCUACUGCCGGUCACCCUGAUUUUCUUUCACAUGGUGCAGAAUUUGAUCAUCAUAGAGCUGAUGGAAUGCCCAUUUUCAGAAACCCAGGUCCAUUUGCUCAAGGGAUGAGUGGUGGUUCUCAUGGUCCUCCCCAUAAAGUCCAGCUUGGCUCUGGUAACCUUCCUGGAAAUUUACAACAUUCUUUUGGGGGUCCGGAGUACCCUCCAACUCGUUUUAACCCUGGUCACAUGCAUCCAGGUGAUCCUAAUCUUGUUGCUGACUAUGCUCAGCAUGGAUUUCCCAAAGAAUUAGCACACUUUGGUUUGGGUGGACCCUUGAGAAAUGGGAAUGUUGGUUGGUGCCGAAUAUGCAUGUUUAACUGUGGGAGUGCAGAGAACCUGGAUCUGCAUGUACAGACAAGGGAACAUCAGCAAUGUGCGAUGGACAUUGUCCUGAAAAUGAAGCAAGAUGUUGCAAAGAGGCAAAAGCUGAGUUAUGGCGGCCCCAAGUCAUUCCACAACAAAAAGGUAGCUGGGAAAGGACACUUUCGUGGAAAUAGGCGUUAGGUGUUAGCUGGUUCAGCCCUUGAUGUGAUUUUGAAGGUUGCUACUGAAUACUGAUGCUUAUGGACGUUUCAAAGGCAAUUGAGAAUUGAGAUCUCUUCAGACUUCUUGUUCAUGCAGUUCAGCACAUGUGAAGUGGAACUUGUAAUGGUCCCAAACUUUUGUUGCCAUGUUGAUCUGCAGAGUUCACAUGCCUUUAUGGUUCCUGUAGUUACCUUUUUGGAUGUUGUGGGAAUUCUUAAAUUGCUAGUACCGUUUAAUCUGCUAUAUAUGAUAAUAUAUGACUCCUGUGUCUUUCAACUAGGUCCAUGUUUCGUAUAUGGCAACCUCAUUCUAGUACACCACACUGAAGCUUUUGCAAAAAAGACUCAUUAUUUGAUUGUUUUUUUGGAUGGGCAUAAAAAUGGUAAAUUUUCAUUGGAAACUUUUGAUAAGGGGCUAAUGGAAAAAUGUUUCUGGUACUUCCAGUGCAUAGAAUAACUAGUUUUGCUUAUAGAUUAGAUCCCAAAACCUUAAUUGUAUACUUCUAAGGAUUGAUGCUGUAUAAUCUUUAAUGAAUACUUAUCAUGGAAUCAGCAAUGCUGUAAUCCAAAAAGGAGGACAAAAUCUGCUGCAUUCCUGAUUAAAACGUGGAUUAGAGCUAUUGACAUGUCUAUGUCAUUGCAAAACAACAACAUAGCUGCCCCAAGUAACAAAGUCCAUCUCAUUGAAAUUGGUACUCUUUUUUUUGCCUGUGAUGGCAUCCCUUAAUGUUAACGAGAGGAUUAGAAGGGUGGAAGAAAACACAAAUAUGAAGAGGUUUGAGCUGGGAGUUGUAGCUUGAACGGUGCCGUGAGAUGGGAUGUGAGCAUGUAGGAAGAUAGAAUAGAUGGUGUCUAGUUGAAAUGGGAUUCAGAACCAAAGGAUGCAUGUGUGGGUUGUGCUGUAAUGUUCUAAAAAGAAGAGAAAAGAUAGAAGAAAAAUGUUUGGUUCUCAUAUGAAUACUGAUGCCUGAAUCAUGUAGGCAGAGCUUGUUGAUACCAAUACUGGAGUUGUACUUGUUCACUAGAGUUAGUGAUGGUUUGAGUAUCAUAGGUUUGGGGUUCAGAAUAGGAUCUCACUAGAACCCUAUGGACACUAAUUGCUGUAGAUGAAUCACUUCAGUUUUACUUAGGUUUGUAAUUCACUACAGCUGGACGCAUGGCUUAUUCAGUUAUGUUUGAUGUGAUUGUUCACAUGUGAUAUAUUUUGGCUGCUGGUGGCCUCUUUUUGUAGAUGCGUUUCUUCCAAGGUGAUCAUUAAAUCAUUUGUCUUUUGCUGUUUGUUUGUAAAGGAGAAACUGGAAAGUGUAGGAUAAUUUCCAGCCGAGGGCUCUUCUGUCAUACUUGCAUGCUUUCCUAAUGAUGGUUUCGAUGACAUGCUUUCCUAACGAUGGUAACUUGGUAAGGAUGACAUGCUUUGAUAAUGAUGGUAAGGAAAGAUACGUAUUGAGCUUUUGUUACAAUGCACUUUGAACUUUUUUUUAUCAGAGUUUUCCCAUAUAGAUUAUGGCUGAAGUACUUAAGCUAGUCUAUCAUCUGUCAAUCGCUUGCACACUAAUGAUUGCACUUAUGUACUUGUGUGAGGCCAUCAUGAACUGCUAUGCUUGUAUGAUUUGUAGGAAACAACAUGAGAUAUAACUGAUUGUGUGGAUACAUGCUCAUUCCGUGUAAGGAGUGACAUUAUAACUGAGAUUGCCGAUUGGUUCUAGUGUGUCCCAUCCCAGUGUAACAUUUUGACCACUUUCCAGCCUUUAGUUAGUUUGCCUGGUAGUGUUGCCCAUAGAAGAUCCGCCACCCACCCACCCACCCACACACACACACAAAAGUUGCUUGGGAAUAUUUCUCCCAAAAUUGGGCUGCUUGGGAUUAAACUUAUAAAUUUUCUUCACCUGCUCGUGGAUUUUAUCCACUACUCAAAUAGGUAGCCCGCUUGUGCAGCUUCUUUGACCUACUCUACUGUGAUUUUUGAUAGAAGUGUAAUCAGACUUUAAGGUUAUUUAGCAAGAUGAUUGUAUUGCUCAGAGCAACUGAACACCUUUACUUCUACUCUAUACUACACUUGAUUGUAGCUGUUAUUAGUUUGGAUAUCAUUAAGCUAUUGAGAAGGACCCACUCUUUCCCUUUCGCUGCAUGCAUAAUUUGGUGAUCAGCUGCUUGCAAAUGAUUUGGCCAGAGAUUUACUCCCUCUGUUCGGCAUAUUUUCCCUUGCACAAAGACCAAGAAAUCAUUAAGAUGACUACACUACCCCUCGUUACUUUCUGGAAAGACUGAUAAGUUGUGUGGUUGGUUACCAUGAUAACUUAGCAAUUGGCAUGCCAAACUCUGGAUUCAUUGGUUUUGUAAUUUCGGGGUCACCAAUGUUUUGGUAUAAUUUUCGAAACCUGGCUGGCUCAAGUUCCUUCCGGUUUAUGCCCUGAUUUGGACCCAAAGACUUGUCUGUUAGAAAUUUGUAUUUUGAAGCUGUUGCACAUUUGAUCUUUUAGGUAUAGACUGGUGGUAAAUUUUUAGGAGGUUUAGAGGCAUGAGUUGGAGGGCACACACUAUCCACCUGUUUGGUCACAAUGCAGCUGGAUUUUCGUGAACCUGGUUCCCUCCAUUUGCCACUAGUGUUAACAGUAAAAGGAAAAUGAAUGAACUUUGUUGUAUCAAUCGGUUCAUUGCUACAAAACUAUUCUGCAGGACAAUAUAUUUUUUGUUCGUAUUUGGCAUAAUAAUACAGAUCUAUUUUGCUUUUGCAUCUAUCUUGUUUUGUGUUACUUCUUUGGGAUUCUUGUAGCAACUCAACUGAUGAUGGAUGUGCCUGGGUGUCCACUACGUUCGUUCCAACUGCCUGCGCCUUUGCUCAUUUUCCGCCUGCAUCCGAAGUUUUUGACUCCACUGCACGUCUUAUCCCUGAUUUUUGAGUUCUUAAAUGUAAAACGUCCGUGUUCCUUACUAAUUAAUACAGACACUGAUGUAAACAUUUUUUUUGUAAUUUAUUAAAAUUUUCUUUCCAAUGACAAUGAUGCGUGCCUAUUAAUUCAUGUACCCCUCCAAUGUAAAUUGAUAUUCUUGUAAUAUAUUCCUAAAAAUUUCCAAGUGUA